CAUUGUUUACGUCAAACGUGUGGACACUCGUCAAGUGAAUGGAUUUUGAUGCAGAUUGUGAUUGAGGGUAGAGAUGCGACGACUGGGUUCUGUGCAGCAGAAAAUCCCCUGUGCAUUUUUAACCGAAGUCAAGGAUGAACCAGCAACGAAACGCGGUAACCAGCAAUUCAGAGUUUUGGCAAGUGAAAAACUUAACCCAAAGUUCCUGGAAUUAGACAUCGAAAGUGCAAUUCCCACUGAAAAACUAGAUGGGACAUGCUGUUAUGUAUCCAUGUACAAAGGAAAGCCUUACCUUUGGGCCAGACUGGAUAGAAAACCAAAUAAAGCAGCUGACCGAAAAUUCAAAAAAUUUUUACUUUCUAAAAAAGACACUACAGCGUUUGUGUGGAACCUGCAAGAAGAUUUUAAAAGUGUCCCAGAAUCCUGGGUCGCUGCUCAUGGUGUUCAGAAUGACAAUGGGCAACUGCAGCCUGAUGACAAUGGCCAUAUUCUAGGCUGGGUUCCAGUAGAAGAAAACAACAAGCAAUACUGUUGGCAUACGUCUGUUGUGAAUUAUGAAAUUGGAGCUGCACUCAUUUUAAGACCAUGUAUGGAUGAUCACGAUGUAUUAGAAAUUGCAGCAGUUCUACUGUCUGAGCUUGUUGGUCAUACUUUAGAAUUGAUUGGCACAAAUGUCAACGCUAAUCCAUAUGGUUUGGGCAACAAAAUGCAACCAAUUCAUCUUCUUGUUCCUCAUGGAGUCCUACAAAUAAAAAAUACCCCCUCUUUCAGUUAUCAUAAUUUAGUGCAGUGGUUUGAAGAAUGUGAAAUGGCAAAGGUAGAAGGUAUUGUUUGGCACUGCUCUGAUGGAAGCCUGUUCAAGCUUCAUCGCCACCACUUAAAUCUGCAGUGGCCUCUUGUGAACACAUUCCUGAGUUCAAGACCCGUUGUCAUCACUGUUGAUCUGACACAGUUUAAUUCUGAAUUUGCACCAAAAUCCUUAUUUUUAUUAUUUUCAAAGGUAAACAAAAAAAAAUUUGACCACUUAAAAGGCAUUUGUUUUAGUGGGUAAGGACUCAAAUUCUAAAACUCAACCUAAUUUAAUAUACUCCAGAAAAUGUAUUUGACAUUCAAUAUGAAUCUUCAGACUUUGGACAACCUUCUUAUACCCUACAGUAUAUAUAUCAUUGUAAAUAAUAAACUUAUUCUGCACAGA